UUUGGCCACUCGAUGGUGGUGUGACCGCGGCAGUGCUCGUCGGCCCCUUGUUUACAGUGUCUCGUGAUAUUCAACACGCCGUGUUACAGUGUUAUCACAGUUUUCAGUACACACUAUUUUUAGACCAUUGAAUUACAUACAAGGUGGACUUUAGCUUUCAUGUGGGCGAUUGCUAGUUUUAACGAGUGUUUUUACGUGAAAAAGUUUUAACUUCGCCUUAUUGUUAUUGGUGAGACAAAAGAGUCAAGAUGAGCAAGCUGUGCAGGCAAGUGUCAAUAGAGUCGCCGGGGCCGACGCUCAAGGAGUGCGUCUUCAGCUUUGAUGUCCCUGUCCCCGAUGUGCCCAUGUAUGGCGCCAGGAUCAGGGUGGUGUACGCCGGCGCCUGCUACCGCGCCAACAGGACCCGCUCUGCGUCUGUGUGCAGCACAUCUUCCAUCUCAUCCGUCGGCAGCCUGUCGGGUGAGAUGGAGAGCUUCGGCAUUCACGUGACCACUCCUGCGCACAUCGGCUUACGCGAUGGCGCGCUGUUCCCCGGAUACGAAGUGGCUGGCGUGGUGGACGCUAUUGGCAAGGCGGCGGACUGUCCCGCCGGCAUGAAGGAAGGCUCCAGGAUAGUGCUGUACCCUUACGAGGGCGUCCCGCACGGCUAUGCGGACUACAUCGUGGUGCCCGACUUCAAGUGUCUCGUCCCGGUGCCGGACAACUUGCCUCUAAGCGUGGCGGCCAUGUUACCCACUGGAGCUCUGCUCGCGAUGAAUACUGUUUACACUGCAGGUGAAUGCCUGAAGAGGGUCUUGGAGGGACCCAACCAUAAGGAUAAGGCCACAAUCCUGAUAGUUGGCACCGGUGGGCUGGCGUUGUGGGCCCUGAGGGUGGCCACCAACUACUUCAAGCACAGCCCCCUGCACGAGAAGAUUAGUAUCACCGUGGCCACUCUGAAAGACGAGGGGUUCAUCUUGGCGCGGGAGUGCGAUGAGAUCAAUGUCGUUCAGUGGAACGAGGAUCUGUAUGAGAAGCAGCUGAUUGAACGCACGACUGACGCGUGCGGCGGCCCCGUCGACGUCGUCAUGAACUUCGGCACCGCCUCGCGCUCGCUGCACCGCUCGCUGCAAUGCCUAGCCCCGGGAGGCGUGGUCCUGGUGACGGAGGACGUGGGCGAGAAGCUGCUUCCCAAGUUCGCCAAGAAGGCCGAGGAGCUGGGCGUGAACAUCGUGAUCGUGCCCAACGGCUCCAUCGAGCAGCUGCGCGAGCUGGUCCGCCUGGUCGCCACCGGCGAGAUUGAGCCGCCGCCACAUUCCGUGUUCCCAGCGCAAGAGGCGCAAGAGGUGGUUCGGAAACUCUGCAACUCAGAGAUCAAGGGCCGGGCCAUCCUGAAGUUCCACGACAUCGAUUAAGGCGGUGAGCUGAACCAAUUGUCAGCCUCUGAUCAAACUGUCAAUUCGGUGUUACCUUCUUCUUGUUCAAGGCGUGAUAAUAUACAGGCGGACUUUGGUAAUGCCACCUGUAGGCCUAAGAUGUGCGCCGUGAUAACUUUUAUCGACGUCAAAAUGUAUUGUAUGGGCAAAAUCGAUAAAAUGGCGUGAUAGCCGCUUAUCGCGCGCGGCGCGCAUCUUAGGCCCACUGGAGAGAAAGUAUUAGAAAAUAGUACUCAAAGAAAACAUUCUUCUAUUUUUGAAAAGAAAUAAAACUGCGUUCAAAGCUUCCCAAAAAUUUGCUUCUCACACCCGGGAAUCGAAGCAACUAAAAUGAAUGUGUUAAAAAUUACACCCUGUGUUUUUAUUUCAUCGAACAUUAGGGUUAAGUAUAAGCAUGAAAUCUCUCUAACAAACUUGUUUAAUUAAAUUAAAGGAAAACCACGAAAUCUUUAACUAUUUACAAAAAAAUUGUAUGGUAUGAUGGUGAAUUUUCGCAAAAUUUUUGGAAAACUUUGAAUGCAGUUCUCCUUUUCAAAAAUAAAAGAUUUUUUAACAUUUUCUAAUAAGAGUACUUUUUCUUCAGGUGGCAUUACAAAAUUCCACCCUGCUUUAUGGCGCUACUUUCGAUCGCUUUAUAUUUUACAUGUGACAACUUCAUCUCAUUCAAUAGAUGGCGUUCCAAUCGCGUGUAAAACUAGCGAUCGUCGGAUUGACACUUUGGCAAACAAAGAACCGUACAUACGGUAGGAUAGGGGCGUUUUUAAAUUACAAUUUUUGUGACGGACUAUAAUAACGUACGUUUACUACUAUAGUUGACGUCACAAAAUGACUAAUACAAAAACGCAAAGACUAGAAUUGUAAAUGCCUAACUCGUGUUGGAGUUUACAAUUCAUUACAGAUGGCGCUUAGUUCGGUAAAUGUGAGCUUAAAUGUAAGAUAUCACCUGGGUGAUAUCAAAAUAUAUUUUAAAUAUGUGUAUUCUUACGUAGGUAUUCAUGUGAUUUAUUUGAUGUCAAGUAUUCUGAACAAUCGUGAUUUAAUUUGUUUGGAUAAGAUUGAAUCUGCUAAUCGUUUUAGCAGACCAAUUUGGGGUCAGAAGUGGCCAGUGUUACCGAGACCGUGUGGCGAAAGGCAGAGAGGGACUUAAAUAAUUGAUACAACUCGCUUAAAUAACAUUUUCUAUCGAUUUAAUUGGAUUCCUUCCCCGGAAGUCUGCUUUCCCCGCAACCUCGGUUAAAUGCUGUAAAUGGUUUUCUUAAAUACUUACCUACAAUUUGCAAAGGAUACGUCGGGAAAUCAUCGCGAGGUAACGUAGUGUAAAUAACGAUUCAUAUGCGGCUAUUUGUAUUACGUUAUGCUUGUUAUGUAAAAAUAUUUUCCUACGAUACAUAUUAUAUUUAAACGUUUGCAUCUUGUAUGUGUUCGUUAAAAUCCACUAAUCGGUUAAAAUUGUUUUUGUUAAUUUGAUUGUACCUUCUAAAAUAUUUUUGUUGUUGCAUUGGAUUUUGAAAUUAUAAAAUAUAUCAUAGUAUGUAUGUAUGUAAUCAUAAAAAUUAAGCAUUAACUAGUUAGGUUAAUAGGUGUAGGUGAUUUUUUCGUUUUAAAAACUAGGUGUCUAUGUAUAUCAAAGAGUUAGUGUUAAGUGUGCAGUUAUUAUUAAGUCGUUUAGUAUGUUCAUGUUAUUGUUUGGAUUUGUGAUUUGCGGAAUGGAUAACGUCAAUUUCUGUACGAGGUCGUGAAUAGUUACGUGAUAGCAACGAUAAGGCUCGUACACUGUCGUCCUGGCUUGAUUAGACCAGGUGACCUUUGAUAAGGCCAGGUGACCUUUGAUAAGACCAGGUGACCUUGUUUGACCUUUGUACUGUUGCCACUAACUAGACUCGGGCGCGAUUGAUUGAUAUUGUGUUUUCGAUUGAGAUGUAUCCAUCCUAUGAUGAUUGGUGCGAGUGGCAUAAGGACGGUUUUCUAAUCAUUGGGUCGUGCUGUAACACACAGCUUGCUAUUUCUAUGUAGGUAUCUACGCGUGGCACUGUUAUAAGAAACAUUUUGUCAGUCCUUUGCUAUAAUGGCGAAUGAAAGUUGCGUUUAUUUAAUUUCAAAUUAUAAUCAUGACUAUGACUAACAUUAAAAAUAUAUCUACGGAAUAACGUGCGCUUGAGUUUUGGUUUAAGAUCUGAUUUCGCACGAUCGCCCGAGAAAAGUAUACAGUCUAGGGGCAAGGUGACACUGUCGGCAACCUGGCGAGUAAAGCCCGGUCUGUGAGCACGUAUAAUUUUGUCCAAUGACCCCAAGCGCCCGGAGUGAGUGUGCGAGCCAGUCGCACAGUGGCGACAGCAGCAUAAUUACGCGCGAACGAUAAGGAUGGGUAGCUCGGGGUCAUUGGACAAAAUUCUUCGUGCUCGCAGACCAAACUAUAGUGGCGGACAUGUGCGUACUCUCACGUAGGAUUAAAUUAUCAACUGUCUUUCUAUGAUCUCUUGAGACAAUGAUAAAAACUAGUCUUGCAAUAUUUAUGUUGAAAUCUCCUUGUAUUGAAGCAAAUUUCUGUUGAAAAUAUAUGGCUUCGUUUAUAAAACUGUUAAAGUAUGUUCAGCUUAUAAAUCAAUUAUAAAACACUUGAAUUAAGUUCCGCAACGAAAACUGCACCCCCUUGUAUAGUUUUUACGAAUUUAAGACCUGCCAUUCAACUUUGACUUCAAUAAUUUGCUUGUAAAGUACAAAACGUCAGCAUUGACAUCAGUUCUAUUGUUUCCGUGUAAACAAGUUAGGUACUUGUUUUUAUUUUAUUUUCCGUAAUAUUCUCAUGUGGUUGGCAAUGGAAAAUAAUUAAUUAUGAAUAUAUCACCCUCAUGAUUGUUUGCAAAUUAUUUACUUCUACCUACUUUGAUUGAAUUACAAUAUAUGUUUGGUACGCUGAUCAAAAGUUGGUCAAAAUUAGGUCAAAAUACUGAUUUGAAGUUUCGUCCGUUCAGGAAAUUCGGUCGAAGCCCAAUUCUUCUUAAAAAUUGGCGUUAAGUAAACUCCUUAAUAAUUGUUAUUUGCUAUACAAACCUAAUUGGAUGUACUUGUUUGUUCACGUAUAUCUAAAAAUAGACUCGCUCAGUAACGAUGCCCUCUUUCAAUGUCAAAUGCCCGAGAAAAGUUAAAGGCGCUAAA